AUGCCGGGGGGCGUGCAGGAGACUCGAGUCGACGAUCGGCAAGCAUUUCAGUCCUCGGGGGCUUCCCAAGAUUUUCGAUCGCCGCCUCCGUGCGGCGCGACCCGGGCCCUCUCGACGGGGCGGGGCUCCCCGCUGCUCAGUCCCAACUUUCCGGGCAAUUUCACGUCCCAGUUCGAUUGCACCUGGGAGUUCAGUAUAGAAUCAUGGAGUCCAGGCCAGAGAUAUGCCCAUAUUCCCUUUGAAAACCUCUUACGAGUAAAGACCGACUACAUCAUCAGCUUCAGUUCACUCUCAGGCUCUAGCUUGUCCUCACCGUGCUUUAUUUUUGGGCAGGUCAAUCCCUCACCCCAUCUGUUGGGGUUCUUCGUCCUGGCAGCCAGCAAAUUCCCCAAUAUUAACCUCUCCCCUUUUUUUUCGUACGGCACCAUGCCGGCGAAAAAGAGGACCCAGAAGAAGACCUCUCCCCCACCUCCUUCCGUUAUCUCCAACCCCUCACCUCGCUCCAUGCGGCAGGCUUCUCCUGCCCCCCCUCCUCCUCCUCCUCCUGCCCCUCCUCCUCCUCCUCCUGCCCCCUCCUCCUCCUCCUCCUCCUCCUCCUCACACACCUCCGCUGCCCCCGCCCCCUCGCGAACUUCUUCCCCCCUUCGCCAACCAACUGCCAGCCCCUCACGCUCCCCUCCACAUCCAUCCUCUCAUACAGCCAAUAACGCAGCCUAUCUUUCACCUGCCCACUCCAAAACACCCCCCACGAUCCCAGGCAACUCCUCCGUGCACUCGAUUCCCAUACCCACUAACUCAACCAACCCUGCUCAAGGAAAUCCCAAUUCCUUCGCGAACCCAUUAUUCAUUCAAUCCCUUCCGCCUUCAGCAAAAACUCGCUUUUGCUCGCGCCUUCUCAACGCGCGCAUCAUACUCGAGGAAGACGAGUUUAGAAUCGGCUGCCUCCGCCUCCGCGUAGAAGAAUUCGUGAUUCAGCCACGAAUCAUUCGAUGCUUUAAAUGCCUUCAGUACGGCCGCUAUAUAGGACGAUGCAAGGCCGACCGCGACGUGUGCUCGUACCGCUCAGGAAAGGGCCAUACCCAGAAAACCCGCCAGGCAAAGCUGAACGUCUUGCAUCCUAAAUGCAGCCAGUGCCAAGGAGCACACGCAGCAAACGCGGCCGCUUGCCCCAAACGGCAAGAAAAACGACUGCAGAUUGCCCACGACCCCAGGUUCGCUCAUUCGCCCCUUGCCAGGAAGAUCCUGGCCGAGCAGAAAGGGUAUCCAGACCCUGAGGCUCCCAUUAGGACGGCUACGCCCCCAGCUAGGCCGCACAUCAGACUCGUCCCCGCUCGCGCCGCGCCUCCCUCGCGUCCGCCCUCGGCCCCCGCGCCCCCUACCCCCGCAUCCGCGGACGUCUCAGCGUCCCCGUUCCCCGCGAUCUCUCCCUCUCCCGAGAUUAACUCAGUCAUCCGGCUGCUCCUAAAGCAGAUGGAAGGCAUCAUCUCCACCCUCCACUGUUUCCUUCGGCCACACCCCCACCGUCCUUUCCUCUCCUGCUUAACAAUGUCCUCUCAUACAGAUCUUGAGUACUGGCCAAAGAGAGCUACAUUUCAGGCAAGCACCAAUGAUGGUGCACUCAUUGCCGUGGCCAACGACGGGAAUAACUAUUCUGAAGUCCCAACCAAGAACUUGAACUUCUCUUGGAGCAAUUCAUUGGGAUCUAUGAAAUCCCCUCCUCAUUUGACCCGCAACCGCAUCCCUCCCCCCUCCAGCCUCAUCGAUCCUCAAAUGGCGUGGCAAGUCCUUCUCAAAGAAAUAACCUGA